AUGGAGCGGAAGGGCAGCAUUUUUGUGUCGAGUGAUCCACUGGACCUGGGGAUGACGCUGUGGACGGCGCAUUGGUUUCUCGGAGAAGGAGGACUGGGCGGCGAGGUUGCGGGGCGGUGCUUUGAGCAGAUUUGUAUUCUUGUCGUUGUUGCUUGGAGGAUGAAGCUGAUGGACACAGAUGAUCUGUUUGAGGUCAACCGCAUACCUCGAGAACGACCAAUAUCAAGUACCGGCGUGGCGUUUCGCGAGUAUUCAGGGACGUGUAUGAGGCAUCCAGUGCCAGGCGGAACAGACCAACUGAGAAGCGACCACACACGCAACGCGACCAACACAACAGCGGAUCCGACCUCCAAUGGUCGAUCCGCUAUAGCACCACACACAAUCGCGGCCUGGGCAUCGUACAUGAGACAAUGUCUCUCGCAACGACGUGACGCCGGACGGAUACUGCGACCAUCAGCGUCGGAGUCUGGUCAAUGCGGCGCGCGUUGA